AUGCUGCAGAAAAUUCUGAAGCGGAAACACCGGCUGGGCCCAGAGCAGACUGCCGCGACCGCAAGCCUUGCUGCCGCAAGCAAGGCGAGUCAGACGUUUGUGGAAAACAAGAAGAAGAAUUAUUUGCAAAACUGGUACAAGAACGCGACUGCAGGCACCGAUAGAGCCCCCGGUCAUUAUCCUUUCGUCGCAAAGGGACUGUUUUCUUGCACGGUGGAAGACUUUUACGACCUGCUCGCCGAGGCUAUCCUGAGUAAAAACGUACCCACACCAGAGUCAGGAUGGGGAUUUUGCAACACAAACCUAGGAGUUUUGUGAGUCACGCAUGACAAGUUGCACUAUGCAGUGUAGUGCAGGUCAGCAAGUGCAGCCGCAUCACAGAUUCAUCUGCUCGUCCUGUUCACAGCAUCACAAAUUCCAAAACAGGAUUGGAAAUGGCUCUCAUGGGGAUGCGCAUUACAAGUCUUCCUGUCUUUGCAAAUCUGCAUUACAACUCUGGUGUGGGUACGUUUUUACUCAGGAUAGAGGCUCCGGAGGACGAGAUCUAUCGAGUGCAAAUAUGUCUGGGUCUGGAAGGAUGCAAGAUUUGUCAUGCAGGUUUUCCAUGACCCGUAAGGUCUGGAAUGCAGCACCUAGCAUGACAAACUCUGAUGUGCUGAGAUCUCUACUAGCAUGCCUAUCCUGCAUGAGAAAUUUCCUCUCAACUUGGUAAAAAAGGACGGCUGUUGGUAAUGAUGCAACACAGUUUUUUUGCAUGAUUCAGAAUUAGCAUGACAACUUGCAACCGUCCAGACCCAGACGCAGACAUAUUUGCAAUGCAUAAGAUCAUGACCGCACUGAUCCAUGGCGACGUCAUGCCGGGCUGGCUUUUAUGCGUGGUCAUGACGCCCUCAUCCCAGACUUGUCGUGCUAAUCUGCAUGCUCAGAGCAUCUGUCAUGCCGGUCCGCAUGACGGGCAUUUAUUUCUAAUCGUGUAGAAGUUUGGUACUCUGUAAUGCGCGAAUCACGAUGAGAAAGUGGAUUUGUGAUGCGUCCGGUCUACCUAGUAGGCAGGGCUAUGCUACGUCGCCAAAGAUGUAAUGCGCAAGCGCCGAAACUUGUGGAUUUGUCUAGCAGAUCAUUUCCUAGCUCGACUAUGGGGUGGCGGCGCUUUUCAUCAGAAUAGCUCUCCGCCAAGAUUUUGCGCGAAAAACUCCGCCCACUAAUCCAGGGAGCGCGAGCACAUGGUAACCAAGAAACUGGUCGUCCUGCUCAACAUCAGGAAAGCACCGCAAGCGACGGUCGUCCUGAUCGCGAAGUAGAUGGACCUUCGACCGCCGGUCCGUCAAGCAAUGCUGGAGUGAAUCCUCGAAACGGCGUAUCAUUUGUAAAAACGUCCCCACCCCAUAGUUGUAAUGCAAUUCUGCAUGCUGAAGAUGUUUCUCAUGCGGAGCCCCAUGAGAAGCAUUUUCUAGCUGCGUUUCGGAAUUUGUCAUGCUCCAAUCAACAUGAUAUGCUGGAGUUGUGAUGCUGGUGAACUAGCUCAACAGGAUUACACUACGACGCCAAACUUCUCAUGCGCAACAGCCAAGCCUGGUGGAUUUGUCUAGCAGACUUCCCACCUUGACUCUGGUGUGUGGGCCCCGUUUUUACUCAGGAUACGGCGGCCGUCUGAGUGUGCAAGCCGACUCGUUUAUUUCUGUGCACACUGCCUGGGCAGGGCUGCAAGCGGGGGACGACAUGAGCAGAGAAUCCCGUGACCAGUUUCUCGAGCAAGUCGUAUGAAAUGCAAGUAUGUCUGGGUCUGGAAGGAUCCAAACUUGUCAUGCUGUGUUUGGAUUCCAAAAAGAUUUGUAUUGCAUGACCAGCAAGAGGAGGCCAGAUUGUGCUACGCGGAAAGGGCAUUUGUCAUGCGGAAUAGGCAUCAGGAAGCCUUCCAAAAAUCUGUUGUGCUAAGUCAUGCACUACAGGCAUCAUGAGCCUCCAUGCAAAAUAUGCAUGACAAACCGCGCUAAAAUUUUCCAGAUCGCCAGACACUUUUGCAUUUGAUGAGUCGUGCGAAAUGACAAUCCAAGCGCGUACUAUCCCCGGCUUUUUGUUUCUCAGCCCGACGGCGCAGCGCGGUACCAUGGACUGGACUACAUGGCCUUACGGCAUUGGAGAACGUUUCGUGGAUAUCGCAGGAAAAGACUGUUUCACUGUGAUGAUUUUGCAAGAUCUGCAACACAAGUUUGUUACACAUGGCACAGAAAAUUUGCCAUGCGUACUUCCCAAGGGAAAACACCAGUAAAAAUCCAAUGUAUUGCAUGUGUAGCAAGACACAUAGCUGUGUGUUCCAUUCCAUGUAUCACAAGUUCACAGUGAAACAGUUUUUUCGUGGGAUAGUGGACAGCUUCGAGGACAUUACACGACCAGCAAGUACAACAGCCUUUCGGUUCAAUUAUCAAAUGCAAAAGUGUUUGGGUCUGGAAAAAUGCGCGAUUUGUCAUGCAGCUUUUCCAUGACCCAUGAGGUCUGGAAUGCAGGACCUAGCAUGACAGACACUGUGCGAUCUCUGUCAUGCCUACCCCGCAUGAGAAACUCCCUCCCGACUUGUUCAAAACUAGACGACAUUUGGUAAUCAUGCAACACAGAUUUUUGCAUGCUUCAGUCUUAGCAUGACAAGUUGCAUCGUUCCAGACCCAGACAUUUUUACAUUUGAUAUCAAUACUCCAUAUGCAAUACAAAUUCGUUUUCGUUUCCGUCCACGUACAAAAUGCAUGACAUAUUUCGCCAACAUAGUACGUAGAAUUAUGUAGUGCCACUUGUCAUGCUGAAUACGAUUGAAGGCUAGUUUUAUCAUGCAGAAACCCCAUUCACCGCAUUUGUACGUUUACGGAAAUAAAUUUGCUGUGGAUAGGCUACGGGCUUCGAUGCCACGCGGGUUCUAAACACGACCGCUGAUGUGUAUUCUGAGCAAAAAUCUCCCGAGUCUAGAGUCUUCAGCUUGGCAACUUAGCAACACAAAUCCAGAAGUUUUGGGAGUUGUCACGCAGGACAAGGUCCUCUCUGUCGUGUAGUGUGCAUUUUAGCAAGGCCAGCCGCAUCAUAAACCCCUCUACUUUUCACCAUCUUUACAGCAUUGGUGUGUGAAAAUGCCUCUCAUGGGGAAGAUGUGCAUUACAAGUUGUCCUUGUCCUGUGAUUGCAAAUCUGCAUCACAACUACCCUGGAGUCGUGGGGAGGUUUUUGCUCAGGAUAAUGUCGUGAACUUUGUUAUUCUAGAAUCCCCGACAAUAAUGACGCGCAUCCGGUGCAGGCCGACACAAAAUUGGGAAUGCAAGCUGCAGAUUUGUCUAUCCGGUGCAAAAGUAUCGCACUCGUACUCCUGAAAGUGCUACUUAUGGAUGCAGAACUGCAUGGCGUGAAAUCCAUUUUUCAUGUUGAGCUAAUUUGUACGCUUGUAUCUUGACUGCUACGAUGCUUUUGCAAUGCAUAUUGUCAGCACAUCAGCAAUUUUCCCGUCCCCAGCACUGAACCAUGAUGAUGAUCUGGCGCAUCGACAACUUCCAUUAUGAGAGUGCACCUCCCCCAUCAUCAAAUUUGCCGUGCAAAAUCCCAAAUCCAAGUGCAGCCUUGUGGCACCACAGUUUGCAUGACAGAUUCUGGAAGCUGCCCAAAGAAUACUACACCAGGCACAGAAGGAAGUUGUCAUGCACAGGCUCCACGUGUCAUACUGGUGGUUGUAAUGCUGUUCAUGCCUCCAUAUGAAUGAGAGCUUGGGGGAGUUGCCAUAUCCAUCCUGCAUGCACCAUAAGCAACGAAGACUAAACAUCUUGGAACUUCUCAUCGUGAAGCUGGCUGUCCAUCUUUCUCAGCGUUAAGCUGUCGAGUUUUGUUCUCAAGCACCUUCUGAGCCGCGGAGGCAGGAGCAAAAAAUAAAAACCCACCGAGGUCGGGGGAAAAAUAAGCCGUGAUGUAGAAGCAAGUCCAAGAACUAUAUAAUGAUUGCAUCACUUUAAACGGCUCUAUUUUUUAUACUGCUUGCACGAACUACAAAAAAUGCAUCGAACUACACGUCAUUCAGAACCUCAGCUUCAUGUGCAACGCUGAGGUCAUCUGCUUAGCUUAGCUUUUGUACUGAUAGUAUUUUCAUCAAUUUUGCUCGCUGGUUCUAUCCGAUAGCAGCCUUAUUUUUUUUGGAAAAGACUUUGACUCAGGUUCCGCCGAAGCGCGGCGGGAUUUCUGCAGGUUGAAGAGAAUGUAAAAUAUUGAGUCCCAGGAACAAUACUUUUCGCCCGUGGCAUUUUUAGUGCCAAGGAACAAGACCACUGGCGGAACUUCUGAGCUUGAUACACGCGGCGUACACGACUUCUAUCGCCGCUGUUGUCAUCCUCAUCGAAAAGCUGUGAUGCCUGGCACAUGUUGCGCUCGGUCCAGUAAGGCGAUUGUUUUGUCGUGUCUAAUAUCAUAGUUCAUACCGCGAUGUACUAGUACUACCCCAUCCCUACUUCUGCCGCCACGUUGG